AUGAUAGUGUUUGAGAUACGGACAUCUGCCUUUAUCACCGCCGCUGCGGUCCUUACUACGUCUGUUAAUGCAUGGCUUCCUAAUACUGAACCUCAUGCCUUGAACGAGCGUGACAAUGAAACCUUUGUAUACCCUCUUCGAACAGAGCCGAACAACAAAAGGUGGCUUCCAGCGACCAAAAAGAUCCGGGGAGUAAACCUCGGGUCUCUUUUCAUCUAUGAGCCCUGGAUCGAUAGCCAAGAAUGGGCCAACACAGGUUGUGAGGGGGAAAAGUCCGACUUUGACUGUGUCAUGAACAAAGGACAAGAUAUUACGGACAAAAACUUUCAAGCUCAUUGGAAACGCUGGAUUAAUCAAACCGAUCUCGACGAGAUGUUGAGCUAUGGCCUGAAUACUAUUCGUGUGCCUCUAGGGUAUUGGCUAAAGGAAGACCUGGUUGAUGAUUCAGAGCACUUCCCCAAGCUAACAUUUGGAGGGUGGUUUGGAAUACUUGACUCAACUCUGUGGUUGGGCAAGCGAUCGAGGCUUCUACAUCAUUCUCUCAACAAGUUCAUAGCAUAUGCUAACUGUAAAAAUAGCCUACACGGUGUCCCGGGUGCUCAAGAAUCAAACCAGCCCUUUACGGGUCAAUAUGCUCCGACAGUUGGGUUCUAUAGUGACUAUAACUAUGGGCGCGCGAUCGAAUGGCUCGAGUGGAUGACCGACAUAAUCCACACCAAGAAAGAGUAUCGCAAUGUUGGCAUGCUUGGGUUAGUCAAUGAGCCGCUGAACUGGGACAAGGCCGUUGAUUCGUUGCGAAAGACCUAUUAUCCCAAGGCCUGCAGUGCAAUUCGCAAGGUCGAGGACAAGCUCAAGGUUACCAGCAACAACCGCCUUCAUAUCCAUAUGAUGGGUUCUCUAUGGGGCAGCGGAAAGCCAACCGAGUUCCUCAGGGACACCUCAUUCACGGCUUUCGACGACCAUCGAUACCUCAAGUGGGAUACGAGUGUUGAAGCUUCCCAUGGCGCGUACAUCAAGAAAUCUUGUUCCGAUGAUCGCAACACUGACGGCCCCACGAUUGUUGGCGAAUGGUCACUAGCUGUGCCCGAUGAUGUUGAGAAGACUGAUGCUUGGAAUCCUCAGACUCAGAAGGAGUUUUACACCAAGUGGUUCUCUGCUCAGGUGCAUGCAUAUGAAGAGAAUACUCUUGGAUGGGUCUUUUGGACUUGGGAGGCUAGUCUUGGUGAUGACUAUCGCUGGUCUUAUAGAGAUGCGGCGAGAGCUGGCGUGAUUCCCAAAGACCUCGACUCCCUUCCCAGUGUUUGUUGA